ACACACAUAUCUAUCUAGAAGAACUGAUCUGUCAUUUCCAACAAAUCGAACCACAACAAUAACAAAGUUUAAUAAAUAAUUUUUAAAUUAAAACUACCUAAUCAACUCAUUAAUACCAAACUAACCAUGUUGCCAGAAAACCCAUUACCAGUAAUAUUAGUCAGUGCUUGCAAUUUGGAUGCAGCUGUUUCUAUUAUGUCGGAAUUGGUGGAUGAUAAGGAGAUAGUGGAGGAGGAGUCAACUGGUGGCGAGUCCCGCGUGUGGCGGCUCGUGAACAAGUACUACACGGCGCGCGCGCGCGUGCUGGCGCAGCCCGACGCCGCGCCCGCGCCCGACCCCGCGCUGCUCGAGGCACACGUCGUCUACCUCACCGAGGAGGAGUGCACGGACUCAGCAGUGGGCGUGCUGGAGGCGCGCAUGGAGGCGGCGGACGGCAUGGGCGAGGUGCAGCUGGUGCUGGCGCAGUGCGCGGCGGCGGGCGAGGCGCUGGCGGCGGCGGCGGCGGCGCGCGGCUACGAGCUGGUGCCGCUGCGCGAGCUGCCGGACCCGGAGGAGCCCUUCCCCGACGUGUGCGGCGUGCAGCGCGCGCGCGCCGCCCUGCACGCGCACACGUGGCGCGGGCUGCGGCGCGCCGGCCCCGCGCCCCCCGCCCGCCCCGCGCCGCCCGCAGACGACGAGGAGGCGGCGGUGGAGCGCGCGGAGCUGUUCGCGGCAGCGCUGGGCGCGUUGGGCGCCGCGCGGGACCUGCCGCCCGCCCAGCGCCGCGCGCGCGCCGGCGACCUGCUCGACACCUUCUGCCGCGCGCUCGGCCUCGACACACACGACUUGUAGGCAAUCACGCUAAUGCAUUACGAGAUCCAUAUCUAGUAUUUAUGCAUUCCUUUUUCUCAAGCCAUUCGCCAAUAAUUAUGUACUCUGUGUGAUGCUGAGAACGGCGGCUAUCACUACUAGCUAGCCGAUGGCUCGCGCUCGACGCUGUAGGAGCAGGGAGACCGCCGCCACUUGUAGGAACACAACAAAACUCACGAGAUUCAGUGAGUGCGUUUAUUUGUAAAAUAACAGUUAUUUAUUAUUAUUACAUAAAAUGUUUACUAUGA